GGCCCCCCUCCGGAGGUCCUAUUCCCGAGCCCCACUUCACCCCACCCUUAUUCUCGAUGCGGCAGGCGCCUGAGGCGCAGAGCCGCGCUCUUAGGAAACCGACUGGAAACUCGACGGCGUCUUGUUUUCGGGCGCACUUUACUCCCCGACCUUGUCCUUGUCUCUCGCGGUGGGAGUGCCGAGUGCGGGGCGGGCGGGCAGACGACACCGCUGGGACCCCGGACGCGGGGUUCGGAGUCGGCGACGACGUCAUGCCGCCAUUGCGUCCUCUGCGUGCUUAGUCCCGUGAGGAUAUCGUAGGUGACCCUCCCGCGACCGGCGGCGUGUACGUGCGCGCAGAGCGUAUCAUUACACCGAGUCGGUCCAAGUGCACUUAGGGCGGUGAGCGCCCGGAUCGAUGAUGAGGACCUCCAGAGCACGGAGAGCGAGGCCACCCAGGCCAGAUCUCCAUCAUUCCGAGCCCGACUGCCCGAGCGCUCAGCACACGUCGGACCGCCAGGCUCAACUUUCAAGAAACCCCGUCGCCGAAGCGCGUCGACCCAUCAAAUAACGCCCGGUUUUGAAACGCUGCGGCACUUAUGUACACGAUGCAUCGAAAUUGACGUGGAAGGGACCUUCUCAGUACCUUCUCCAACUUGCCCCGCAACGUGACGCGGUUCGAGGUGUGUAACAGUGUAUAGCCGCGUCGACCCUCGUGCUCCACUUGCAUAUCACUGGGUGGAUUUGAUUGAUGGACGAAGGCCUUUGAAAAUGACGCCCGUUUGGGUCUGUUUUUAUUGCCUUUUGGGCGAGCGAAGAAGCGCAGCCCGCCGCCCGUCUGCGCAAUGUGGCGGAGGGGCCAGCUGGGGCUGGCCUCGCUCCCUGCCCGACUGCGUGCGCUCACACGAAGGGCUUCCGAUGGUGGGGGAGCUUCCGACUCGGAGAAAUCGCAGGCGGUUCGCGCAUCACCAUCAUUCAGAUCAGACAGGCGCGACGCUUCUGACGUCGGCGUGGGCGUGGGCGUGGGCGUGGGCGUGGGCGAACCUGGGCGAACGGGGCAUGUGCUGGACAUGUGGCGUGUGGCGCCAGGAUUGAGUGCGUGCAUCGAAGUGGAUUGGGUGACGGUCGACGGCGCGGGCGAGGCGAGUGGGAGACUAGUGGGGGUAAGUCAAUAUCGCUUCGAUCGCACGAUGCAACGAAAGAGACGAUGUGUCAGUCGAGGCGCAAAUGAGUGCUAUACGUACGUAUGGACGUCGUAUGUAUGUACUGUAUGUACGGCAAUAGCGUUGGAGACAAAGGCGAAGCGGACAUGGUGACCGUAGCAGGCCUACCGUAACGCUCCUUUUUUUUUGCUGCAAAGCAUCAGAUGCAG